CACUACCCAGCGGCCCCCGCGCCGCCGAGCCAUGUUGUAGGAAAUCCGCUUGCGGCGGAUUAUUGUAAUCCGACAGAGGGUCUGGACGACACAUCGGAUCACGACAGCAGAGCGGAGCCCAGCGGCCUGUAACAGAUGCAGCUCGUCCCAGAAUAAAGGGAUAAAGUUGAGAUAUGAUCUGACGCACCGCGCGCUGCUCCCGCACGCACUCAUCGGCGGCGCACGGGCCGUUUCCUGGACCAAUCGAUCCGCCUCGCGGACACUGACAGCGGCCAGGCACCGCACAGCAGAGAGGGAGAGGAACCAGCUUUAUCUGUUAGUUAAAGACAUCUCCCCCUUCUCCCUUCCCCCCCUUAGCCAGGUUUAAGUCCGGCUCGGCUCGGCUCGGCUCGGUUCUGCUGCUGCCGCCGCUGCUGACACGCAACUAGCUAGCGCGGCUAGCUCACCCCAGCUAGCUAGCUAGCUAGUAAGGAAUUUAGCAAGUUUAGUCAGGAAUUUAGCAAAUUCUCCGACCCGCAGCCCGCAAGGAGGGAGGAUGUCGGCGAAAGACCCGAACAAACUCUCCACCACGGACCGACCCAUCAAAGCGGUGCCAUAUCCUCCCGGUACACGCCUAUCCAUCAAAGACCUGUAUGUGGACGGGAGGCCCAGCGUGGAGGUGCUGAAGGCCCAUCUGGUGAAGGAGGGCCGGCUGGAGGAGGAAACGGCCCUGCGAAUCAUCAACGAGGGCGCCGCCAUCCUCCGCCAGGAGAAAUGCAUGCUGGAAGUGGAAGCCCCCAUCACAGUGUGUGGAGACGUCCACGGGCAGUUCUUUGACCUGAUGAAGCUCUUUGAGGUGGGCGGAUCCCCCAGCAGCACCCGCUACCUGUUCCUCGGAGACUACGUGGACCGAGGGUACUUCAGCAUCGAGUGUGUACUGUACCUGUGGGCUCUGAAGAUCAACCACCCCAACACCCUCUUCCUCCUCAGAGGCAACCACGAGUGCCGGCACCUCACAGAGUACUUCACCUUCAAACAGGAGUGUAAAAUAAAGUACUCUGAGCGUGUUUAUGAUGCCUGUAUGGAUGCGUUUGACUGCCUGCCUCUGGCUGCUCUCCUCAACCAGCAGUUCCUCUGUGUGCACGGAGGUCUGAGCCCUGAAGUCACCUGCCUGGAUGACAUACGAAAGCUGGACCGGUUUAAGGAACCUCCUGCGUUCGGGCCGAUGUGCGACCUGCUGUGGUCGGACCCGGGGGAGGACUACGGCUCAGAAAAGACCCAGGAACACUUCUGCCAUAACAGCGUCAGAGGCUGCUCUUAUUUCUACAGUUACCCAGCAGUCUGUGACUUCCUGAUGAACAAUAACCUGUUGUCUGUAAUACGAGCACAUGAAGCCCAGGAUGCAGGGUAUCGAAUGUACAGGAAAAGUCAGACGACAGGCUUCCCUUCUUUAAUUACAAUAUUCUCUGCUCCGAACUACCUGGACGUGUACAAUAACAAAGCGGCGGUGCUGAAAUAUGAGAAUAACGUGAUGAACAUCCGGCAGUUUAACUGCUCCCCUCACCCCUACUGGCUGCCCAACUUUAUGGACGUCUUCACCUGGUCUCUGCCCUUCGUCGGAGAGAAAGUGACAGAGAUGCUGGUGAACGUGUUGAACAUCUGCUCUGAUGACGAGCUGAUGUCAGAAGGGGACGACACAUGUGAGGGUGGAACUCCGGCUGUCAGGAAGGAGGUGAUCAGAAAUAAGAUCCGGGCGAUCGGAAAGAUGGCUCGUGUCUUCUCUGUGCUCAGAGAGGAGAACGAGAGCGUGCUGCAGCUGAAGGGCCUGACCCCGACAGGAACGCUGCCCGUGGGAGUUCUGUCCGGAGGGCGGCGAACUCUGCAAAGCGCCACCGUAGAGGCAGAAGAGGCACGAGCCAUUCAAGGCUUCAACCCGCAGCACAAGAUCCAGAGCUUCGAGGAGGCCCGAGGUCUGGACCGCAUCAACGAGAGGAUGCCCCCCCGCCGCGACAGCAAGCCCCAGGAGGCCGCCCCCUCCCUCAACAACCUGCCGGCCAGCCCCGGACCUCCGGACAAGAACGGCACCAACGCGCAGGCCUAGAUCCUCCCCCCGCUCUCCCUCCUCUUAUCUCCCUCCUUCUUCCUCUCCUUCCUCCCUCCUCCUCCCUUGCUUCCUCCCCGCCCCCCCUCUAUUCUCCGUUUAAGAGCAGGAGAAGAAGCGACUCUCACCACGCUUAAUUUAUUUUAUCAUCUAUUAAAUAUCAUAGUUUAAGACUGAACAGGAUAAAAUCUCAGCCGUACGUGGACUUGCUAAAGGCAAUCAGUGCCCAGUCGAAUCCAUUUUGUAACCAGGAGGCUGGUGUUCGGGUGUUCAGCGUUUUUAUUUUGGCGGGGGGAGGAAGUGACGCUCAUUCGAACGCCGUCUCCGCGCACACACAGAAACGAUUGCAUAAAGUCCAUCCUUUCUUAUGCCAAUGAUAGUGUGACUGAGCUCUGAGGAGCAAGUGUUGACAUUUAUAUUAUAUACUGUAUGUAUAUUUUAAUUGUUCCCUCUUUUCAAUGUGAUGGUUUUUUUGUUUUUUUACAACACAUAGAUUUAGGCUUAAUUAUCCAGAGUGGGGGAGAACGAGGGAGGGAGGGAGGGGAGCAGGAAGGUGGAGGGUAAGAGUAUUCUGCUUAAUUACAACUCGGGGCUCGAGCGUUAAUGUUCAGAAUUAAGAUUGGAAAUGUCAGUUUGACGGCAAGAGCUUCACUCAAGGUCCACUUACUGACUUUUCAGCUGCUUGAUGACGACGAGUUGUCAAGGCUGAUGGUUAAAAGCUCCAGAAACAGCUAGUUAAUAUGAGGUGGAGGUGUGCUAAUUUCUAGUAUUAAGGGUGUUGGGUGGGUGGGGGGGGUGGAGCCUACAUUUCCCAUGAUGCAAUUGGACAGCAUGUUUCAUUACAGCCUCCCAGCCCGGGAGAAAAGCCACUUCUGUCAAACUCCCGAUCUCUCUCGGCUUUUACUGAGACAUUGUGGUUCGUUCCCACCAAAACACAAGUUUACCGACUCGAACGAACUACAAGUAAACGCCUCUCCGUUCAUCUCGUGACCUUUUUAGAUAAUCUAGAUAAACUGACUCCAGCCUGUUUGAUUUCUCAGAUCUCAGAAAUGAAUUUAGCGAGUUUAGUUUUUCUGUCACUGACGGAUGAAACUACAAACGAGACCCGAGUUUUAACGAACCGGAAAGAUCCUUUACAGAGAGAAGCGGGGGGGCAGAGGUGUGUUGACGACAGUGUUGACUCAGACCUGGUUGGGUUUGAUCGGACUGUUUUGUUCUUUAUUUUUCGGGGGGGGGGUAAAGUAUAAUGGGAUGUUGUCGGGGGAGGACGAGGCCUCAUUUCUGACUUCUGUUCAUGUCUCAGAACAUAUCUCACAGAAUGUACAGAAACCGUUUAAAAGAUUGAAUCAUGAUUUUUUUUUUUCUUUACAGCUGAAUUUGAAAAAAAAAAGAAAAGAGAAUUUUUUUUUUUGUCGUACAUGUACUGCGAGGCCUCUCAUUUAUGUAGAUGUUUCACUCCAUUCAAAUAAAAAAACAGAAACGUUAA